AUGCUAGAAGGAGAAGUAAGAAGUGCUGAUCACUUUCGUGUUUUUCAGUAUCUAGUUCAAUCCUGGAAGGAGGAAUACCAAGUCAGGAUUCGUUUUCUCGUCCCUCGCUCAAAGGAGGUAAACGACGAAGACACGAGAAUUGAGCGGAGCCUCGAGGAGGGCAAAGUCACGUUCCAAUGGAUAAGGCGAUCUUUGGGUUGCUCUGAAACCUGUGGUGGAGGUAUAGAGGUACGUAGACCAACCUGCGCUCGCGCAGAUGACGGUUCCAUUGUCAGUGACCACUACUGCAAGGGAGAAAAGCCUGGUGAAGAGAAUUCUGAGUGCAAUACUCAAAAAUGUCCAGCCAGAUGGAAAACUGGAGAAUGGUCGGACUGUUCCAAGACCUGUAACGAUGGAAACCCUGGGGAGAGGACGCGGGAGGUGAUGUGCGUCGAUGAAUCACAUGAAAUCGAGACGGAAGAUUCAGAUUCUUACUGCGCAGGACCGAAACCCGCCACACGAGAGACCUGCGCACCGCAACCCUGUCCUGCAGAGUGGGUCACAGUGUCGUCAAGUCCGUGCUCUGCCGUUUGUGGUCACGGUUCGAGAAUGAUUGAGGUGAACUGCGUAAAGAGAACCGCAUCCAACAAGAAAGUCAAAGUGACAGAUGAAGAAUGCACUGGUCCAAAGCCUCCCACUACGACCUCGUGUGAUUCUGGGAUUCCAUGUUAAUGAUUUAGAAGUCUUAGAUAAGUGGAUUUAAAGUUGACAGCAAUUCAGCGAAAAAGCAGCAAAAUUUUAAUGGUCAACACAUGAAUCCAUCAGCUUACAAAUCUUAUGUUUAGCGUUAUAAAUGUUGCAGUACAUCUUUCUUAACAAGAACAAACUAAAUGACAAAAAGGGUAAUAACAAAGUAUUUAAAACUGUUCGUCAAAGCGCUAUGAGACAAAAAUGUGGAGAAUGCUACUUCAAUGAAUGAGCUAUAAAAAAAGGACGAUCAAUCAACUGAAGACACCUUAUUGUCCAUGCCAACCAAGAAGAGCUAAAACGAAGACACAUUCGGUAAUAACAGUUCCAGCGAUCAUUUAAAGACCACAAUUUGAACAACGUAAGGACACUGUGACGCUACUUCAACCGUCAAUGCAAAGGAAAUUAAUGCAAAUUAACACAAUUUAACGUAUUAUUGUUAACGUUGACACCACAGCGCGCUUUGGACCAUUCUUCGACGAAACCUUUGAAAAACUAUUUAUUUAACCAUUGCUUAAUGUUAUUCGAGAUUAUAUGUUGCAGUUAAUUUUAGUUUUGUGCAUACAUUCUAGGUUAAGAGACGUGAUUCGUCUGUAUCGUGAUUCUUAAACGAAUCAAGCGACUCUAGCGAAGAUUAUUAUGAGCCAUUUGGUGUUUCAUUUUCAAAACCUCUCUAACAGGUAACUCCUCUCUGCAAAUAUAUCCACAAAGACAGCACUUGGCUACUUUCCCAGGGUUCCUAUGGACGUGAGAAUUUGGCUAAUCAUAUGAAAAAUUAAUGAUCAAAAGCUGAUCAAAGAUUUCCGUGAAGAAGGCAUUAUCAGAUCACUAAAAUGACAAUUAAAAUAAAGUUAAACGAAGUGGUUU